UUACACGCUAAAGCACUUCAAACCCAGAUCAAAUGGCGACCUCCGCAUCAGCAAUACAAUCCAUCUUCUUGGCUAACCGUAGCCCUGUGACUCAACUGGGUCACAAAACUCGAUCAGACUCUCUUUCAAUUUCUUCAACCUACUUGCAACGUCAGCAAGGGAAAGCUAACUUCCAUGUAAGAUGUUUAGCCGAGGAAAGCAAGCGAGAGCAAUCGCCAGUAUCAUCAACUCCUUCUGUUCCUCCCUCUAAUCCCACACCAUCUCCUCCUCCUCCUAAGCCAAAGGUUAGCACCAAGUUUGAAGACGUGUUGGCAUUCAGUGGACCUGCACCGGAGAGAAUCAAUGGCAGGCUAGCGAUGGUCGGGUUCGUGGCGGCGUUGGGAGCAGAACUUGCGAGAGGAGACGAUGUGAUUGGGCAACUGAUGAACGGUGGGAUACCCUGGUUCUUGGGGACUACCGUGGUGUUAUCCCUCGCUUCUUUGAUUCCACUUUUUAAGGGCGUUACUGUACAGUCGAAAUCGGAAGGGAUAAUGACUUCCGAUGCCGAAUUGUUGAACGGAAGGCUUGCGAUGUUGGGACUGGUGGCGUUGGUCUUCACUGAGUAUGUCAAGGGCGGGGCACUCGUGUAAGAGAUAU